AUGGCUAGAUCUCCAGCCCUAAAAGGCUCUCUUGCCCCCCAGCUGCAAUCAAUAUUUGCAAGAUUGAUCCCCGCAAAUGUUGAAGCCCAACGUCUCUUCAGCACACUUGCAGACCAUGUUCUUUCCGACGCCACGGAUUCAGCCAUCACCCACGCUGCAAAAUUUAUGCAUAUCGAGCCAUACUCUCCUCCAGAAACCACUCUUGAUCGCGACAUGAGGCAAGAAAGCCAGACAUCCACUGAUACAGAUGAUGAAAUCUCUGUUGUGUCAAGUCCAAAUUACCAUGGCCACUAUAUUUUGUCCUUUGAAACCAAUCCACUUACUCCAAAUAUUGGGUGGGUUUUGGGAUUUGGCCGCUGGUCUAACACCAAAAGUGCUAGCUCUGUAGACAUACUUCUCGCACCCCCCAAGAUUCUUCUAUUCACUUUGGGGUUGCGGGGAUUCAUGCAACAAUUUGUUUCGAUGAUGACGGUGUUCUCACACUGAAAACCCUCACUGAACGUCGUGGGUUUAUGACUAUACUAGGUAAUGAUGAGUUCACCAAAGGACGACGAACUAUUACAGAGCGCAAGUCCUGUGUCUCUUUUGGCUCGCUUAGCUACUAUCUCGAGUAUUCGGGACUGGAGGACGAGGAAUACAACCACGCUCUUCGUACGUAUAUGCAAGACUACCUUAUGCAGGACGCACCAUGCCCCGACAUAUCUGCAACGCCCUCUCCUAUGGACACCUUAGUCGGCGAUUGGAAUAUUCGAGGGACAGUAGGCAGUGGCUCGUUUGGCGUGGUAAAUGCCACAAAGAACAUCAGAACUGGGAAAACUGGUGCUGCAAAAUGCCUUGUUCAAAACUCUAUAGCAACCCAUUCAAAAAUUCUGCAAGAGAUUGUUACAUUGAAAGCAAUUCCGCAGAAUGUAUGUCUCGUUAAAUUCGUUACAUACGUUAGCUAAUUAUUUGUAGCCGCGUCUCCUUCAUUACUGCACUGAGUAUUACGAACGUGGCGAGAGAUGGUAUACGGGAAUUCUCGACGAGUUAGACGAACGGUAUUCCCUUCGGACUAGACCCGAAAAGGUUAUCAUUAUAUAUGGCCCGUUUGUACGAUUCAACCUUUCGGAAGAACUCGUCCUUAAACAACCCUUCAACAUACGGAUAGCUGCAUUUUACCAAGUUCUUCAGGGCCUAGUAAGUUUGCAUAGCGGAGGCUUCAUACACAGUGAUAUCAAACCCUCUAAUAUUGGAGUUGUAAAACAAUCGGCAGACAUGAUCAACGUUGUUAUACUAGACUACGGAGAGACCAUUCAUGCCCAGCGCUGUGAACCUCAUCCAGGCAAAACAGGAACAAUUCCAUUCUUGGCACCUGAGAUGGAACAAUGUCCAUAUGGCAAGGAGGUUGAUCUAUGGGCUACUGGCAUAGUUGGGAUACAGCUAUUCAUGUCGGGGGAAAAGGUUCCGUGGGAUAACGUCGUAAGGGCAAAGACAGCAUGGAGAAAGCAAGUAGAGGAUCUUCAAUCGGCGCCUGUGAGGGUUGAAACCCAUGAUGGAGGCUCGGGCCAUGCCCUCGCUAAGCACUGACCAAAGUCCCCGCUCAGCACUGGCCAUUCCCCCACUGCCAAGCAAGUCUCUGCUGUUCCAUACUUUUAUGUUCUAUUCUUUUGACAUCAUGUAUUCGUUAGGCAGCUUCCUGGAAUGUUCCAGAGACUCUUCCUCUCUCUAUAUAUAGAGGAAGAGCUUGCAUGUAUGUAGUCUUCACGCACUUCUUAAUUGAAUAUUCGAAACCACACCUUUGAGCUAUUCGAGGUCUGGCCUCUCACAGCGCCUGAUGAUACUGUUCAGAGACUAUUGGCAUCGAUGAUUGCUUGGGAUCCUGCCAAGCGUACUCUUGCCAAUACAGCCUUGCAGCACCGUUGUUUUAAGGAUGUUUGAGUCACUUAUGAUAUAGAAAGUCAGAAGCCAUCGACGCUAGGAAGCAAGCGAAAGUACACUUAGUUGGAGCGGACCAUUAGAGGAAGCAGGGAUUACUAGAUCUAGAGGAGGCAACAAGUAUGAGAAAGUUGGAAGGAACCCGAUCAAAGGACUGGACAGGGUAUCAUGUGAUGAGGAUUACACGGAAGAUGAAGUUUAGACGUAAAGCCAGGAUACUGGUUAUAUAUUCUACAGUUUGAAAGAUAUUUAAAUCAACCGGCAGAUUUCCUCUCAUUUACUACAAAAGCGCUUGAAGCAAUAAGAGGGGGCUCGGCGGUUUUGUAGUGGACCUCCUCGCGAAGUCGACGGAGAGGGAGUGUAAGUAAAUACGUGGGUCGACGAUUUAUGAAGAGGACCGCUUUAAUCCUCGUAAAGGAAUCUACUGCUAGUUAUAUUAACUUACUUUACCCUGUAAUCAUAGAGGUGCUACUUUCGAUGAAUGGCAUGCUCUUCGAUGCUAGUGCACAGCGGAAAGCUUACCGCGAUCGUGUCACCAAGCUUGCCGACAGUUCAGUCCACCGGAAGAUUGUCGAUGGCUCUUCAAACACGGAGCCGUGUCCUAUCUGUCUAUAAAUUUGACAUGUCAAGGAGGAGAUAGUGACGUUCGGUGCGGAUGUCGGACUUGGGUGCACGAACCUUGAAUAGCCAAAUCUGUCUUUGAGACGGUGCCCAAUUUACAAAACCCCCUCUUCUCCCUCGACACCGAGCUUCCGUCCUGUCACGGGUAGAAGCCCAAUCCAGACAGUUCGUCAAGAGAAUAAUGCCAUUUUUGGCGGAACAUGAUGGGAAGUUGUCAGACGGCAGUCACGUGGUAGGCAGAAUAGGCCUAGCUUCCUACUCAACAUGUAUAAGUACUCGAGGAUGUCUUCCUCCUUACACUCUCUGAGACAGACAAAUACAAUCAUUCUUUAGAACGCUAUACAUUUUGCAAGCCCAAUCCAACAGAAGUUAAAUGGGGUUGGGCCAGGACACGCCCCAAACCACUUGAAUUGACUAUUAAUAAGCGUUCCCACUUUUACAAGUAAGAGUAAUGUAGAGGAGAACAUUAAAUAUUUAGAGCCAGUUUCUGCGAUCCCUACCAACGCUUUGUACAGCAAUGAAUCUCUUACACCUGUAACAUGUAGAGCACAAGUUAAAAUUACGACCCCAUAUUGUCGGUUUCUCCUGGAUCUGGGAGGAAAGCACCAAGAAGGCUAAUAUGGGAUAUAUAAUCUGGGAGGCUGAAUUGUGAAGGAGCAGGCACGAAAGCGAACACCUGG